GCCUCACAGUGACAAUGACAUAAGGAACGUUCCAAGAGGUACACGCGGAAUCUAGGCUAAUCAUCGCACUAGAGAUUGGUGCGGCAAGGCGCUCUGCGUUUGUUUAGAAUUGUUGUAUUGAUAUAGUGGCCGCUCACUGCCUGCCAUUUAAAAAGUUAAAUUGACAUCCAUAGCCGCAGCACGGAUGGAGCAUCUAUCGAGGUUCGUAGGUCAGAUGUCAUUGACAGAUGACAGCAGAGCAGAGGGCAUCAUCUCAUCGGAGUAUAGUAAUAUCCGUGAUCGAACUUCCAUCAUCAAGAAAGAUCUUGGCCUCACGACGAAAGCCGGGGCACUGAAGGACAAUGUAAAGAAGAAUCGUUACAAAGACAUUUUACCAUAUGACCAGACCCGUGUUCCCCUAACUCUACUGACGAAUGACAAUGAUUCUGACUAUAUCAACGCCAGCUUCAUUAAAGGCGCAACAGAGACCAGAAAAUACAUAGCGACCCAAGGACCUCUGAGGCACACUUUGGUUGACUUCUGGCAAAUGAUUUGGCAGUAUGAUGUAAAGGUUAUAAUCAUGGCUUGCAGAGAAAUUGAAAUGGGAAAGAAAAAGUGUGAGCGCUAUUGGACAACUGUCAAGGAAACAACCCCCUUUGGUCCCUUUAUUGUCUCAAAUCUUGAAGAAUCCAACCCAAAUGAGGAAGUAGUCUUGAGGACUCUGACUGUGAGAUUUCAUAAUGAAACACGGACUAUCUCUCAAUUCCAAUACACAGCUUGGCCUGAUCAUGACAUUCCAUACACAGCUGGUGGUAUUUUAGAAAUGAUGGAUAUGGCUCGAAAAGCCCAGGGAAACAACACUAGCCCUGUUCUCAUCCACUGCAGUGCUGGUUGUGGAAGAACAGGGGUGAUUUGUGCCCUGGAUUAUGUUCAUGAUCUUCUUGUCACAAAGCAAAUCAAAGGAGAUUUCAAUAUCAUGAAGAUUGUAGUGGAACUAAGGAGACAGAGGCCAUCAGCUGUUCAGACAAAGGAGCAGUAUCAGUUUGUGUUUUCUGCCGUGGCUUAUAUGUUUGAGAAGGCUUUACGGUCACCUGAGAACAACUACCAGAAUCUCACCAAGAGCAACCAACCUCUCUAUGAUGACGUUGAGUCUGUGAAGACCUCUCCACCGAUAACAUCAGCCAUCACUCAGCCACUUGAAAAAAGAAAUUCUAGUGUGCAGCCCAGAGCGCCUCAACUGUGCCAGCAGACGAUGGAUGACACCUAUGCUGUGGUCAACAAGUCCAAACAGCUUCCGUCACCAGCCUCUUCCUCAGCUCCUCCGGCCGCUCUCCAUCACUAUGACAACGCAGAGCUGGGCACCCUGAAAUGCCCCGCCACUGCUCUCUACAGCACGGUCAAGCCCAAGAGCAGGUGUCCUCCAGUCAAACCACCUCCAGCGGCCUCACCCAUAUAUGACACAGCUAGACCGGCCAAUCACAGGCUAGCUGAGGCCACGUUAGGGAAGGAACAGAGUGGCUAUGAACAGGUCACAGCUGAGCAUCAUUCCUCGAUGGGAGAUGACUAUGAAUAUGUCUCAAAUCCCAUCAAAGACCUGACCAACAGCUGUACUCCUGGUAGCAUGGGGUUCAACUGUCGCAUUAGGAAACCUAAAGGACCCCGGGAUACCCCGGCAGAGUGGAGUCAUGUGGAGAGAUGAUACAGCAACCCCAUACCAGGCCUGGGAUACCCCGGCAGAGUGGAGUCAUGUGGAGAGAUGAUACAGCAACCCCAUACCAGGCCUGGGAAUGGGCUCUUUCUUUUGUAACCCUUUUGAGUUGGUAUAUUUUUCAGAUCUGUUGUACCACUUCUUUAUUUAUUGUAAUUGAUAUGACUGAUGGAAAUAUAUAUAUAUAUAUAUAUAUUAUGAAACAUCGUCCCAUUCUGAGACAGGUAUUGUUUUUGGAUACUACACAGGUUUUGGAUCUUCAGCUGUCCCCAUUGGAGAAGCCUUUUAAAGAACCAUUUUUGGUUCCAGGUAGAACCCUUUCCACAGAGGAACCCUGAAGGAUUCCACCUGUAACCAGAAAUUAUUCUUCAAAGGGUUCUCCUAUGUGGACAGUCGAAGAAGCCAUUUGGAACUUUUUUUUUCUAAGAGUGUAUUUACCAAAUUCAAGUUAUGGUGUGAUGGCACUAACCAACAGGGGGCACUAUAGUAACAUGGGAUAAUGAGCUUUUCAAUAUUAACGAAACAGGUAUUGUAAAAUGUUUUUUCACAGGUAUUUAAAAAAAAUCUCUUCUCAUUUCUGGUGACAAGGACUUACAAUAAAGACAAAAAUGUCUUCAAGGUUCUUUGAAAUAAAUCGUUGUAUUAGGCCUGCUUACUUACCACAAUCAAUGCAGCAUACAUGUAGAUACAACAAAUGUUCUGGUGAUCACAUUAAAAACAAUGUGCUUUACUUGAAAA